UUGUUUGAAUUUUGCAGAGGCGGCAGUUUCGAAACAAUUUAAGGCCCUAGUAACAAGAAUAAACAUUUGCCAUAUUUUUGGUAUUUGUUUAAAUUAAAAUUACACAAAAUAAAGUAAAAUGCGAGAAAUAGUUCAUAUUCAAGCCGGGCAGUGUGGAAACCAAAUAGGUGCAAAAUUUUGGGAAGUUAUUUCCGACGAGCAUGGCAUAGAUCCCACAGGUACUUAUCACGGAGAUUCAGAUUUGCAACUGGAGAGAAUAAAUGUUUAUUACAAUGAAGCUACGGGAGGAAAAUAUGUUCCCAGGGCCGUUCUGGUUGACUUGGAACCUGGAACGAUGGACUCUGUAAGAUCAGGUCCAUUUGGUCAAAUUUUUAGACCAGACAAUUUCGUGUUUGGCCAAAGCGGAGCAGGAAAUAAUUGGGCUAAAGGCCAUUAUACGGAAGGAGCAGAAUUAGUAGAUUCUGUUUUAGACGUAGUUCGGAAAGAAGCUGAGGGAUGCGACUGUAUGCAGGGGUUUCAGCUGACUCAUUCAUUAGGAGGUGGUACUGGUUCUGGAUUAGGGACUUUACUUAUCUCUAAAAUAAGAGAAGAAUAUCCCGAUAGGAUAAUGAACACAUUUUCAGUUGUACCUUCACCAAAAGUUUCUGAUACAGUUGUAGAACCCUACAAUGCCACUUUAUCUGUUCACCAGUUGGUUGAAAACACAGAUGAAACUUAUUGCAUCGACAAUGAAGCUCUCUAUGAUAUUUGUUUUAGAACUCUCAAGUUAACGACUCCUACAUAUGGUGAUCUAAACCAUCUUGUGUCAGCAACGAUGUCUGGCGUAACAACCUGCUUAAGGUUUCCAGGACAGUUAAAUUCAGAUUUAAGAAAGUUAGCAGUCAAUAUGGUACCUUUCCCUCGUCUACAUUUCUUUAUGCCUGGUUUUGCUCCCCUAACAUCUCGUGGCAGUCAACAGUACCGCGCCCUUACCGUUCCCGAACUUGUGUUACAAAUGUUUGAUGCAAAGAAUAUGAUGGCAGCUUGCGAUCCCAGACAUGGCAGAUAUUUAACGGUUGCGGCAAUUUUCCGCGGAAGGAUGUCAAUGAAGGAGGUGGAUGAACAAAUGUUGAAUAUUCAGAAUAAAAACAGCAGUUAUUUUGUGGAAUGGAUACCAAAUAAUGUUAAGACAGCUGUAUGUGACAUUCCACCAAGGGGGCUCAAAAUGUCAUCUACUUUUAUAGGAAACUCAACAUGCAUUCAAGAAUUAUUUAAGAGAAUAUCCGAACAGUUUACAGCUAUGUUUAGACGUAAGGCUUUCUUGCAUUGGUACACAGGUGAAGGAAUGGAUGAAAUGGAAUUCACUGAAGCUGAAAGUAACAUGAAUGACUUGGUUUCCGAGUACCAACAAUACCAAGACGCUACUGCAGAAGAAGAAGGUGAAUUUGAUGAAGAGGAAGAGGGCGAAGAAGGGGAAAAUUAAUUUUUUUGUUAGUAUUCUGUGGACCUUUCAAAUCUUUCAGUUAAAUUUGUUUGGAAUUGGAAUGUGUAGUCGGUUAUACAUAUA